AUGAGAAGAGCGGAGGUGACGAACAGCUACAAAACGUACUUGACGCCGGAAAAUGUAAAGUUCGUGGAUGAUGUGGUCAAUGAAAAGUGCUCCCUUAAACCUGGCCAAAGUCCACUGAAGGUGGAGCAGAUGGAGCGAGGCAGCUACGAGCCCGGCUCAGUUCGUUGCGGAGUGAUUGCCCGCAAGAUUGGCCAGUACCCAAUGUGGACCAAAAGUGGUCAACGCCUGCUGACGACUGCCCUGCAAAUUGUCGAUAAUCACGUUGUGUCGUACAUAAAAAAUGAAGAUUUUGUCCGAACGCGAAGACCAUUCUACAAUUUUCACAACUUCAAAGAUCUCGACGUCCUCGUUGUAGGCGCCGAAAGUGCUGACCCUCGCCAGUAUCCACUCUCGUACCUGGGCUUAUUCAACAAAGCCAACAUACCGCCGAAAAAGAAGCUGACGCGUUUCUUCAUCACACCCAAUGCAAAGCUUGCGCCCGGAACUCCACUGAACGUUAGUCACUUUCGUCCUGGCGACUACGUCGAUUGCUGGGGAAAGACUCGCGAUUGGGGUUUCCAGGGAGUGAUGAGGCGAUGGAACUUUAAAGGUCAACAAAAACAUCGAGGCGUCACCAAAGCGCAUCGUCGUCCCGGAACCAUUGCCAGCGGUCGCAAGCUUAUGGGCCCUCCGAAGGGCAAGAAAAUGGCCGGUCACAUGGGCAACGAGCGACGAGUGCUGAAGGGCCUUAGAGUUUGGCGCAUCAACACCAAACACAACGUCAUCUGGGUUCAGGGACCUGCCGUUCCCGGAGUAGUAAACUCCUGGGUGUACAUCUACGACUCUACACUCAAGGAAAGACAACACACUGCAGAGGACCACCCUCCGUUCCCGACUUACUACCCGGAUGAGGAGAAGCAGGAGGAGUUGCCAGAGAAUCUGUACGCCAAGGAGCUUCAUGCAUUCGACGACCCGUCGCUUCUGUUUGAGGAGACCGAAGAGGAGAAGAAGGCUGCUUUGGCUGCGCUGAAAAUGUCAAAGAAGGCCAAGAUUGCCAAGAUUCGAUAG